UCCAUCCAAGGAACAGCAAUCUUAGCACACCUGUGCCGACGAGCGUUGCCAUAUAAAUAACCACACGACGUUAGGGUUAGGGUUUUCAGAGUGGAAACGAAGGAGAGGAGGCGGAGAGAGAUCGAGCGAUCAAGAUGCAGAUCUUUGUCAAAACCCUCACCGGGAAGACCAUCACCCUCGAGGUCGAGUCCUCUGACACAAUCGACAACGUCAAGGCCAAGAUCCAAGAUAAAGAAGGAAUUCCACCGGACCAACAGCGUUUGAUCUUCGCCGGGAAGCAACUCGAGGAUGGACGAACGCUAGCUGAUUACAACAUCCAGAAAGAGUCGACACUUCAUCUGGUGUUGAGGUUGAGGGGUGGUAUCAUCGAGCCCUCGCUCAUGGCCCUUGCCAGGAAAUAUAACCAGGACAAGAUGAUCUGUAGAAAGUGUUAUGCUCGCCUGCAUCCUAGGGCUGUGAAUUGCCGUAAGAAGAAGUGCGGUCAUAGCAACCAGUUGAGGCCUAAGAAGAAAAUCAAGUAAACCCUGCCUGAGCUGGAUUCCGCAUUUUUAGCUGUUUCUGAUUUGGGAUAUAUGAGACCUUUUUUUUUGUUUCUGAUAUGCAUUUUAAGCUGCAUGUUAUUUUUCUUACCCAGUUUAUCAGGGAAUACAGACUGCCUUUAGGUUCUUGAUAAGUGCUGGAAAGGUGAAUUUUCAAUGCAUGUUAUGUCUUUUCGGAGUAAUGCGAUCUGUUCUUUUCUCGUCUUA